AUGCAUAUCAGCAGGAUUCUCGUCUAUCCCAUCAAGUCCGUCCGACCUUACGAACCAUCCUCGGCCGAAGUAGCUAGACAUGGCUUUACUCAUGAUCGGCGUUUCAUGAUUCUUCAGGUGCAACCAGAUGGCUCACUGAAGAACAUGCUUAUUGCGCACUACACCGAGCUAGCUCUCUUGUUCGCCGAGAUCAACUUUCCCGAAGAUCAUGACGCUGCGAAAGCCUCGAUUCACCUGACCUGGCGGCCACCUCAUGGCGACUCAAAGGCAAUGGAUAUUCCUCUUGUCCCCGACACGACUUCGCUGGAGAGAAUCCACGUGACCAUGCAUUUCAGUUCUACCGAUGCAUACAAAAUGGACGACCAAUACAACAAGUGGUUGUCUGCAUGCCUAGGUUACGAUGUGGUGCUAGCUUACCUCGGCGAGAACGAGCGUCCAGUUCUUAUGUCCACUUAUCAGAAGAACAACCAAUCUCAAGCUCAGCAGGCAGGUUGGCUCUCUUCUAUCACCAGCAAAUUACCUACUUCAAUCGGCACGAUUAUCUCAGGCGAACCCCAAGCCGAUGACAAAAUCACUUUUGCCGACUGUGCUCCUUUCCUUGUCGUAAACGAAACUUCUCUCCACGACGUCAGCAGACGUCUUCCCGAUGGCGAAGAAAUGGAUAUCACCAAAUUCAGGCCAAACAUCAUCAUCAGUGGUGCCGAAUCAUCUUGGGAAGAAGACUAUUGGUCAGAGUUGCAAACAUCCGGCAAUGUAAAACUGCACCUGGUGCAGAACUGUGUCAGAUGUGUGAGUCUGAACAUCGACUAUGCGACUGGCAAACCAGGUGAAGGCGAAUCCGGAAAAGUGCUCAAGAAGCUACAAAGCGAUCGCAGAGUGGACAAGGGAUCGAAAUAUUCGCCCGUCUUUGGUCGCUAUGCCUUUUUGGGUAAGGGUGAUGAAGGCAAGUCUUUGGCUGUUGGCGAUGAGGUAACGAUUACUCGGCGUAAUGCUGAGAGGACGACUUUCGGUGAGUGA